CUUUAUUUCCGCAAAGAAAGAUAUCUUCACGUCGGUGCUGUAAAGAAUGAAAGUGAAAUAAAAUAUUGUUAUAAAAAACUAUAUAUAUUUAUUGUGAAAAUUGAUUAUUGAUAACUUAAAGAAACAAUGAAUUGUUAAAAUAUUUUCUUAUCUAGAUCCUGGGUUUCACAAUGCAAAAUGAUUGUCCCAAGACGAAUAAUAGCGAUUGCUGUAGGAAGUGGCUUCAAAAAUUAUAAUACAAUACAAUAUAGAACAAUAAGCGUUUUUUCAAAUCGCACCCGAAACAAUGAUUUUAUCAUUAUCAAUAAAACUCAACAUCGAUAUUAUAAAAAUUUUGGUCAUAAGCCAAAACCUGCCAGUUCAUUAUUCAUAGUUUACAGUACUUUUCUUUUAUCAGGAAUGCUAUUUUGUUGUACACAUUAUUUUUGGAUGAAUUUAUAUGAUAAAACAAAGGAAAAAAUUGCUGGACUAUUUCCAAGAGCCGAAGCUGCUGAAUUAUUAAAUGAAAAUCAAGAAGAAAAUGAUACAGACGUGGAACAUGUCGAACAUGAAGAGCACAAAAAGAAAAAGAAGAAGCACAAAGUUGGAUUUCGUGAUAGAAAGAUAAUCGAAUAUGAAAAUCGAAUAAGACACUAUUCGACGCCAGACAAAGUGUUUCGUUACUUUGCAACACUUCAAGUCACAAAUCCAACCAACGAUGUACAUGAAAUUUUUAUGACACCAGACGAUUUUUUACGGUCUUUAACGCCUGGUGUUAAGCAACCUGACGGUCUUGGUUUAGAUCAGUAUAAAAGAUACGAUCCAAGGAAUAUUCAGAAUCAGUUGGGAUUGACAUUAGAUGAAAACAGCUUUUUUUAUCGACUAGGCAGUUAUGGUUUGAUUACAUUCUCGGAUUACAUUUUUUUACUCACGGUUUUGUCAACAUCAAGACGACACUUUGAAAUUGCAUUUAGAAUGUUUGACUUUAAUGGCGAUGGGGACGUCGAUUGCGAUGAAUUUAAUAAAGUUGCAACUUUAAUUCGACAACAGAGCAGUAUUGGAAAUCGUCAUCGCGAUCAUGCCAACACUGGAAAUACUUUUAAAGGCGUAAACUCGGCAUUAACAACUUAUUUCUUUGGAUCAAAAAUGAAUCAAAAAUUGACCAUUGAGAAAUUUUUAGAUUUUCAACAACAAUUGCAGACGGAAAUUUUAAAUCUUGAGUUUGAACGCAGGAAUCCUGAUGAAAAUGGUAAUAUAACUGAAGUUGAUUUUACGGAAUUACUAUUGGCCUAUGCUGGUUAUCCUGAGAAGAAGAAAACUAAAAUGUUGAAACGAGUAAAAAAAACUUUCAGAGAAUGUCCGAAAGGUAUCAACAAAGACGAAUAUUUAAAGUUUUUCCAUUUUUUGAAUAAUAUUAAUGAUGUUGAUACGGCUCUUACAUUUUAUCACAUCGCUGGAGCUUCAAUUGAUCAAGCUACUUUGAAACAUGUCGCAAAAACUGUGGCUCAUGUAGAUUUGAGCGAUCACGUUAUUCAAGUAGUUUACACCAUUUUCGAUGAAAAUAUGGAUGGACAACUGAGCAAUCGAGAAUUUGUGGCUGUGAUGAAAAAUCGAGUACUUCGUGGCUUGGAAAAACCAAAAGAUACUGGCUUUAUAAAAUUAGUCCAAUCAGUGAUGAAAUGUGCGAAAAAUAGUUACUACAGUCCUUUUGAAAGAUAAUAAUAUUAUAUUUAGCGAUUUGUAACAUAGUUCGCGAAUCAACGUUGUUUUUAAUUAAUAAAUUUUUAUCAUAGGGUUGCUACAAGUUUUCUCGAUUAAAAUUUCAUUAAUUUUCCAGGUAUUCCAGGACUUAAUAUGAUUUUUUUUUUAAACUACAUAAAACAAUGAUUUAUAUAAAAAUAGUUAUUCAAUAUAAAAAUUUUAUUAAAAGACGGUAAAUAUUUUUUAAAAAUUAAUUUACUUUUAUUAUUCUUAGGCUAUAGGUAAAAACAAUAAAUAAUAACAAUUAAUUAAUUUUAAGUUUUUAUCAUACUGAGAAGCUUUUUGAUUUGUGCGCUUCUUUUUCUUUUCACACUUUGACCGUUUUGUCAAAAUAUUUAAUGAAUUUUAUGAUUUUAUUGUUUUCCAGGUGUUUUGUACUUUUUUCCUGACUUUUUAAGAUUUUCCAUGUUUUUAGAAAGCGUAGCAACCCUGUUUAUUACUUCAAACACAGUUUUCUUGAUUUAAAAAAAAAAUCGUUAUUUUUCAAUUUUUGUGAAGGGAAAAAAAUUACGUUACCAUUAUAAUAGUGAAAUUUACAACUUUUACAAUUAAUAAUCAGCAAAUAAUAUUAUCUAUACUAUUAACGGUGAAAUUUGCCUGUACAGUUAGUUUUCCGUCUCUUUUUUUUUACUUAAUAAAAAAAAAAGUAUACAUAUUCGAGACUUUUGUUUGUCAUACAUUCACUUGCACGUAUAUAUAUAUUCACUUUCUCGACUUUGUGAUUAAUAGAGUAGAUCCCGUAAAAUGUUUGCGCUUCAUUGAAUAGACAACUGGCCGCAUUAAUUUUAGUGUGAAAUUAUACUUGAUUCAAGAAACAACUGUGAUGGAUUAUUAAAAUUUAUAACAGUAAACUAAAUUAGUAAAAUUAGUGAACUAAAAAUUUAUAUUAAAAUAUUUAUGUUUGUAAUUAAUAUUUUUUUUUAAUUCAAAUAAAUUACAAUUCAAUA